GAGCUAGUGGCGCCCCCAUUGAGGUUAUGUUAGCUGGGAAAAAAAGGUAAACAACUUUCCCGGAAAUGAAUUUCCUGGUGAUUUUUCGGCAAUUAUCAAUUCUGAGGGGCUUCUGUGGUAGGAAGUUUCACACAUCAUCCCAGUUGGACAAGCAGAAACUCCCUACGUUCAGUGUCAAUAGACAGAGCAAAAUCAUGAGCAAGUUGAUGCAUGGAAGGGACAAGGGAAAGCGACAUUGGUAUGAAAGUCGCAUUCCGGGGGGUGCUCAUGUUGGAGCAGCGUCUGCUAGGGCUAUUAGCAACCCCGAAGGACAGCCCAGGCACGUCCUGAAGCGCGUCACUGUCCUCAAUAAGUUGUUUAUGAGGAACAUUGCUGAUAUCAUGGCAACUGGGGAGCUUUCCCAGGAGAUUGUGGGCAAGGGAUUGGAGAUUUGUCGCGUUAAAAUCUCCCCGGAUUUCCAUCAGGCCUAUGUGUACUGGCUGGCGAAGGGAACGGAUGAAGAUGAGGAGUUGGAGAAGCUUCUAACGAGGAUUUCAGGAAAGCUGAAGCACGAACUGUCCCAGUUGAGAUUGAUGGGGGAAGUUCCUAAGAUUACCUUCCUCAAAGAUCUGAACUACUCGAAAUUUUCAGAUGUGGACAGACUACUCUCCAAAGCGGAUUUCGGAGAGGACUACGUGCCACUUCACAUGGGACAGAAGCAUAAGGAAAACAUUGUUCUGGACAAGGGCGAGGAAGUUUUCCCUUCAGACUACCUUCCAGAGAUGCGCCAGGACGUCUUUGGCCUCAAUCACGAAGAGAUCAUGAAGAAAAUCACCAGGACGAUUGGCAAAACGCGAUCAGCCUGGGAAAAGUACGAAUUUGGAGCAGAAACUGAGGAAGAUCCUAAAGAAUGGCGUCCGGAAAGGGAUCUAAAUUCCCUGGCAGCUGCAGAUUCUCGCCUCGAGGAGAGAUUCAACCAGUUCCUGCUCAACACCAGAGGCAAAUCUGAAGUUCCAGAGAGAAAAAAGUAUCGUCCGGAAAUCCAUAUGAUGCCCAAGGAAGAGCCCUGGGAAGAACCCGUAGACAAUUCCCUCUUCGAGGAGGAUUCUUUGGAUGAAAACUACCCAGAAAAGUAAUAAAACACUGAUUUUUUUGGAUCUUUUCCAUUUAUUUCACGGAAAUAAAUCUUAAAAGUCUGAUGACUGGUCAGGAUACAAAAA